AUGUUUGUUCUACCACCUCCCCCACGAUAUCCCUCUCAGCAGGCCUACAAUAAUGCUGUCGCAAAUGGCCAGGCUGCUCCCAUGAUCGAGACGAAUAACAUCUUGUCACACCCAACUGGGCCGGAAUAUCAACUGGUUGUGGGUGAAGGAACAUAUAUUCUCAAAGAAGAUCUACACCUUGCGACACCUCCUCCACAUCCGUCAGAAGCCCCAAUAAUUAAUCCGAAUCCUCUCGCGACAACUCCUCAGCCUGCGACAGCAGGGACCAAAAUAUCCUUACUUUCUUUUAGCUCGCGUGCCCUGAUACCGCAGACACUGUACAAAGUUGACACAAACCGAAGCGCAACCGGCGUCAGUUCGAGCAUACAAGAACAUCCUAGUGAGGGUCGAGCAUCUGGUGAGGUGGCACCAAGUAGUGAUGGAGGAGACACAUCGGUGACGGGAAGCGCGAGAGCCGCGCUUUCAAUUGGAUCUGCCCCCGCAUUUGGAGAAGGAAAUUCUAUGCUGGUAGCGACUGGUAAAGAUGCUGGAAAGAGAAGAAAACCAAAGAAUAAUAUUGCCAAGAGCAAUUCUUCAUUCAUUUCCCGGUGUAUUGUACAUGAGAAUUUGACCAAGAGGUUACAAGACCGACCAGCAGACGGAUAUUUUGCUUUUGCAAACAUCAAUAGGGCGUUUCAAUGGUUAGACUUAUCGUCGUCGCAAAAGGCCGAGCAUUUGACAAAGAUCUUGUUCACAAAAGGCCAUUGCCUCUGUCAUGAUGUUAACCAACUUACGAAAAGCUCAAGUCAUAUAGACCUAAUAAUGGGCUUCUCGACAGGGGAGAUAAUCUGGUACGAGCCCAUCACUCAAAAGUACACUAGGUUGAAUAAGAAUGGGAUAAUCAACACAACCCCUGUUUCUGAGAUACGGUGGAUACCUGGAUCCGAAAACUUGUUUCUUGCGGCGCAUAUGGAUGGCUCUCUAGUUGUGUACGACAAGGAAAAAGACGAUGCUGCAUUUUUACCCGAAGAAGCUACCAAUGGUACUUCAGAAGUAACAAAUGGCGAAAUUGAUCCCUCAGCAAAACUCCAUGUCGACAAAUCCGUACAUUCCAAAAACCAAAAGUUUAAUCCUGUUUCUUUCUGGAAAUUGUCGAACCAACGCAUAAAUGCUUUUUCAUUUUCGCCGGAUAAUAGACACAUUGCUGUAGUUUCUGAGGAUGGAACUUUGAGAAUAAUCGAUUAUCUGAAAGAGCAGCUUCUAGACAUGUACUCAAGCUAUUACGGUGGAUUCCUGUGUGUAUGCUGGUCACCCGACGGUAAAUACGUACUCACAGGUGGCCAAGACGAUCUCGUCUCCAUCUGGUCCGUAGCUGAAGCGACUAUUGUCGCCAGAUGUCAAGGUCAUCAAUCCUGGGUGACAGCUGUCUGCUUCGAUCCUUGGAGAUGUGAUGAUCGAAACUACCGCUUCGGUAGUGUGGGUGAAGAUUGCCGCCUUCUUCUUUGGGAUUUCAGUGUUGGAAUGUUGCAUCGUCCGAAAGCUUUGUCUGUACGACAAAGAGGUAGUAUAUCCUCACGUUUCGCAAACCCGCUUCAGAGAGCGGAAACCCAGAAUACAGUCGCUAGCCGCUUACGGUCUAAUUCCUCCCUUUCUGCUGUGGGAGAUGACGAACAUACAAUUGAACAUCCAGUGGAACCGAGAUCCAAUACUGCUAUGUUACCUCCUGUGAUGUCCAAGGUAAUAGAUCCAGACCCAUUAUGCUGGCUUGAAUUCUCACAGGAUUCGAUCAUGACGAGUUGUAAAUCUGGGCAUAUUCGAACGUGGGACAGACCUAGCGACGGGACUCAUGAUAGUGAAGCGAGGUCUUCUUUGACUUAG